UACUUAUCCAAACUUCCCUGUGAAAUAAAAUCCGUAGCUCAAUGGCCGGCCUGUUUGCAUUCAUUAAUCAAUUAAAAAAUUAACUGUAUUCUAAUUUUUAAUUAAUUAAUAAAUUGCGAUCAACGGUACUGCUGGUAAGUUCUCAUGGAAAUCUUUGUGUGGCCGUUCUUAAAGCUGGGCAGCUAUAUACUCGGCAAACAUACUCAUGCAAAGGCUAUUCAAAAAAUUAAUGAUGGAGACUGAGUUAGAAGGAUUUGUCGUCACGGGAGCAGGAAUUGCUGGUCUUGCCACUGCUCUUGCUCUUCACAGAGUGGGAAUAAAGAGCAUCGUGAUGGAAAAAGCAGAGAGUCUGCGUGCAACAGUAGGUGGAAUCGGAAUCUGGACUAAUGCUUGGAAGGCUCUCACCGUCCUUGGCAUUGCAGACCACCUCCGCGAACAACAUCCAUUCAAUUACAGAGUGAUCCAUCAAAAAAUCUCUAGUCUUUAUCCACAUAUCAACAGGAAGAAUGAUUCUCAGAAAAAGUCACUGAUUUGCAGUUUUGAUUUGAUCACACUCGAUGGAGGUGGAAUGAUUCGGAAUUUCUCUCUCCAAGCGAGUGACAGUGGUCAUAAAUUCAGGUGCGUAAAAAGAGCAGCUUUACUGGAGGCUCUGGCCACAGCUCUUCCUCCCGAGACCAUUAAAUUCAACAGUAGAGUCCUCCGUGUGCGGCAAUCUCUGAGCUCCAAAUAUUCGUCGGAAACGGAGCCGGAAGAUGGAACUGUCAUCAGAGCAAAGUUAAGGCAAAAUAUAACCAGAUCCUCAAAGAAACAGAAGAAAAAUCAUCCUCCAGAGAUUAUUAAAUUCAACAGUAAAUUCCUCGGUGCUGCAAUCUCUGAGCUCCAAAUAUUCGUAGGAAACGGAGCUGGAAGACGGAACCGUAAUCAGAGCAAAGGGGGUGAUUGGUUGCGAUGGAGUGAGGUCGGUGGUAGCAUAGGGGUUUCUAGGGUUUCCGACUCCCGCCAAUGCAGAGCGCUGCGGGGUUCGGGGAAUGGCGACCUACACAGACGGUCACGGUGUCCCACCAAAUCUUCAGAUUCACUUCUUCAAUGGAAUUACUCCGAAAUUGCCCAAGAUCCCUCGCGAAUCCAUGAAUUCACUAGGUCUUUAUUACAUCAUUUUCCUUCACAAAUCACAGAGGCGGUAAAUCUGACAGUCAAGGACAGUCUGAAUAUGACCGUUCUGAGAUUCCGGUGGCCGUGGAAUAUUUUAACGACGAGGGCGUGUAAAGGCAGCGUGACGGCGGCGGGCGAUGCGGUGCACCCCAUGACGCCUGACCUCGCACAGGGCGGCUGCUGUGCGCUUGAGGAUGCCAUUGUUCUGGCCAGAUGUUUAGCAGAAUCUCUUAAUGGAAGGAAUAAUACUGAUAAUGAAGGGCAGAUUGUGGAAGAAGCAUUGAAGACAUAUGUAGAUGAAAGGAAGUGGAGAUGGGUAUGGCUUGUAAGCCAAGUAUACAUCACAGGACUUGUUCAGCAGAGUUCCUCUGAUUUCCUGAGAUUCAUCAGAGACAAAGUUGUUCUCAAGUUCAUGUCACCCAAGGACAUGUUUAUUCAAUAUCUUCUAUAAGAAAUGUAAAAUAAGAAAUGUAAAAUAGAUAUGCAGUGGUUAUUCUCCAUAUUAACAGUAUCCGAUUAAAAAUACAAAUUUGAAAAAUACA